UGGAUAUUAUAGUAUAAUUCAAUGGCGAUUGGGCGUGGCUUGCAAGAGUAAAUUAAAGGAAUGGUUGACGCGGAACAGUACCAUUGCAGUAAAACAAAAAUGGUUGAGCGUGGUAUGAAACCUGUGCGGAUAUCCAGUGCGAGCAAGCGUUUGUGUCAUGUGGUCAUGCUAACCGUCCUUCAUCUGUUUUCGAGUGUUUGUUUAGCUCUUUCAAAUUUUUUUACAAAGAGGAAAUGCAAAAUGUCUGUGGAAGAUGGUAUGAUGUCCAAUUCAGUGGAUGAGAGAAGCCUGAUACUGGAAAAUGAAUGUUUAGAUAAAUAUAUAGACCAACAAAAUAAAUUUGCAAGUACAGGAGAGCCGUUUUGUCCAACCCGUUUUGAUUGCUUUAUGUGCUGGCCUCCAACACCCGCUAACCAAACAGCCUUUACAUCAUGUCCACCAGAAGUUGAUGCCAGGUUUGAGUUAAGCGGUGGAACGGCAGACAACUUUUGUGGUGCAUAUGGUAACUGGACUGAGAUAACCUACAGCGAUUGCGAACACAUUUUGACGUCUAAUACGGUUUGCCGAUGUCAUCAUUGCGAUGCUUUACAAUAUAUAAUGCUAGUUGGAUACUCAGUAUCCCUUAUUGCUCUCGUGGUGGCUUUCUUCAUGAUCGUUGGGAUAAGAGCUUUACGAGUAAAGAGGAAUAAAAUACACGCAAACCUCCUUGCCUCGUUUAUUUGUCUGUACACACUUACUCUCUUCUCUCUCAUCCUCUACUUUUUUGUUGACCAGCAGACUGACAGACAGUACAUUAGAGAAUGCAUAACCUCCAUUGGCAGAGGUAAGGAGAAGUCUGAUAUGAAAAAAGAGUAUAAUGUGGUGUACUUUCAAACAAAUAAAUGA